CGCCCCAGUCGGCUUCAUUCCGCUUCCGGUCGGCAGGGCGCUUCAGCAAAGUUGUCGCUACCGUGGUCGCGAUGGGCAAGUCAGAUUUCCUUACCCCUAAGGCCAUCGCCAACAGGAUCAAAUCCAAGGGGCUUCAGAAGCUGCGCUGGUAUUGCCAGAUGUGCCAGAAGCAGUGCCGGGACGAGAAUGGCUUUAAGUGUCAUUGUAUGUCCGAAUCUCACCAGAGACAACUACUGUUGGCUUCAGAAAAUCCUCAGCAGUUUAUGGAUUACUUCUCCGAGGAAUUCCGAAAUGACUUUCUAGAACUUCUCAGGAGACGCUUUGGCACUAAGAGAGUCCACAACAACAUCGUGUACAAUGAGUAUAUCAGCCACCGGGAGCACAUCCACAUGAAUGCCACCCAGUGGGAGACUCUGACUGAUUUUACCAAGUGGCUGGGCAGAGAAGGCUUGUGCAAGGUGGAUGAGACGCCGAAGGGCUGGUAUAUUCAGUAUAUCGACAGGGACCCAGAAACUAUCCGCCGGCAACUGGAACUGGAGAAGAAGAAGAAGCAGGACCUUGAUGAUGAAGAGAAGACAGCCAAGUUUAUUGAAGAACAAGUGAGAAGAGGUCUGGAAGGGAAAGAACAGGAGGCUCCUGUUUUUACGGAAUUAAGCAGAGAAAAUGAUGAAGAAAAAGUUACAUUCAAUUUGAAUAAAGGAGCAUGUAGUUCAGCAGCAACAUCAUCCAAAUCAAGCUCCUUGGGACCGAGCGCGUUGAAGACAGUCGGGAAUGCGGCAUCAGUUAAGCGAAAAGAAUCUUCCCAGAGCACAGCUCGAUCAAAAGAAAAGAAAAAAAAGAAAUCAGCACUCGAUGAAAUCAUGGAGAUCGAGGAGGAAAGGAAAAGAAGUACCCGAACAGACUAUUGGCUACAGCCUGAAAUCAUUGUAAAAAUUAUAACCAAAAAACUCGGAGAGAAAUAUCAUAAGAGAAAGGGUGUUGUUAAGGAAGUAAUUGACAAAUACACAGCUGUCGUCAAGAUGAUCGACUCCGGAGACAAGCUGAAACUUGAUCAGACUCAUUUAGAAACAGUAAUUCCAGCACCAGGGAAAAGAAUUCUCGUUUUAAACGGAGGCUACAGAGGAAAUGAAGGUACCUUAGAAUCCAUCAAUGAGAAGACUUUUUCAGCUACCAUAGUCAUUGAAACUAGAGAGGCAGAGCAUGAACCGGGGAGGGGCAGAGAGAGAGGGAGACACAGAAUCCGAAGCAGGUUCUAGGCUCCGAGCUGUCAGCCCAGAGCCCGACGCGGGGCCCGAACUCACGGACCGCGAGAUCGUGACCCGAGCCAAAGUCAGACGCUCAACCGACUGAGCUGCCCAGGAGCCCCAGGAACAGCUCUUUUCCAAGGGGCGACUUGUGAGGAGCCCGGGGUUUUUCCAGCUCGUGUCUCCGUCACCUUCACCGAGUGACUUUUAUACUUAGCGUGCUCUUGUGCUUCAGACAGGCCAAGGCCGAGCGUGCUGGGCUGCACGUGCGGGCAGCGUGGCGUGGCCUGGCCUGGAGGUGGCCCGCGUCACUUCUGUUCACCUCUGCGGCCGGAGCUCCAUCUCAUGUCCGUACCUCACCCCAUAGGGAGCCAGGGAAAGUGUCCAGGGAGCAGAGGAGAUAUGGAACAGCCAGCAGGUGCCUGCCACACCGUGUAGGGAUAGCACAUUUCACACGUCAUCGAAGAAACCGUGGCACUUCCUAAUGAGAAGGACAUAGAAUAUUUUAAAAGUCACAGUCGUACGGAAAUGUUAGCUGCCGUCAUGGUGUUGUAGGGGUAUGGGAGAGACAAAUUUGGACCUUUAAGUGUGGUGUCAUUUUCUUGUCUUGUAAGUAUAUGUGUGUUUUUAAUCUUUUCUUCAAUCAUUUUAAUUUGUAGGGCCCUUUAAAAGGACGCAGAGUCGAAGGAAUUCAAUAUGAAGACAUUUCUAAACUUGCCUGAGUUUGAAAAUUUGUUAACACAUUAAAAUCCUAAAGCAUCAAAUUGGUGUUCACCAAGGCAUUAUAAGACUCUACUGUGUUAGGGUGUUUCUUUUGUAUAAAGCAAAUGGAUUUAUUUAAAUAUUACUGUAUAGUUGUUCAGCUAAGCUUAUAGAAAAAUCGAAUUAUGUCUCAUGAAGUAUCAAAACAAUGUAAUUUUGUUUUUACUGGUUUGGUUUCCUUUGUAAUAUUGCCUUAAAGAUUUUUUAUCUUCAUUAAAAGAAUGUUAUCGUAAAGUGUUUUAUAUAAGACAAUUUAGAAUCGUGUAGAGGAAAUCCUUCAUAUACUCUAUAGUUGCAGUGGUAACGUUGAACUAUAAAUCUGAUUACACUUUAAAAAGUCAGACUAUAGAGUCCCGGCUUUAUUGAGAUAGAGUUCACGCACGGUAUCAUGUACAGUUCGGUGGCUUUUAGUAUACGUACAGAGAUGUGCACCCAUCAUCACUAUUUACUCUUAGAGCAUUGUCAUCACCGCAGAAGGAAACCCUGUGCCCGUGGUCUCUCCCUGUCCUCCCACUUUCCCCAGCCCCUGGCAACCACUAGUCUACUUUCGGUCUCGGGGACUUGCCCAUCCUGGACGUUUCAUAUCAGUGGAAUCGUAACAACAGGUGGUCUUUUUACGAGUCGCUUCUUCCGUGGAGCAUUGUGUUUGCAACGUGCACCCAUGUUGUAGCGUGUACCAGUGCUUCCCUCCUUUUUAUUGCUGAGCAAUAGUCCACCAUAUGGGUACACCACAGCGUCAAAAUCCGUUUGUCAGUUGAUGGACAUUCUGGUCGUGUCUGCUUUGGGGCUCUUAGGAGUAAUGCUGCUGUGGACAUUCGUGCGCACGAUGUUCUGUGGACACGUGUUCAUACAUUUUCAGUGCCUAGGAACGGAGCUGCAGAGCCUGACUGUAAGGCAUGGGAUGAUGUUUCUUUAUAUUUAAGAGAGAGAGACAGGGUGUGAGCAGGGGAGGGGCAGAGAGAGAGGGAGACACAGAAUCCGAAGCAGGCUCCACGCUCUAAGCUGUCAGCACAGAGCCCGAUGCUGGGCUCGAACUCACAAGCUGUGAAGUCAUGACCUGAGCCUAAGUCGGACGCUCAACCGACUGAGCCCCCCCCCCCCCCCCCCCGCCGGGGCACCCCUACCAUGUUUAACAUUCUGAGGAACUUCCAGCCUGUUCCAAAGUGACUGUACCAUUUUACAAUCCCAUCGACAGUGUCGAACUGUACAUUUUUAAAUAAUAGAUCAGUCAGUGUAUUAUUUAGGGAUGCAGAAGACAGGAAACUCAGCGAAUACUUGGGUUAUGUAAAAAAUAUACAUAUAUAUACGUAUAUAUAUGUAUAUAUACGUAUAUAUAUGUAUAUGUGUAUGUAUAUAUGUAUAUAUAUAUGUAUAUUUUUUUAAAUAAAUAAAUUGAUGGCUCAUGCGACAGAAGGAGCAGAUGCGGGCUUUCAGUGGGGUCCAGGGUGCGAACAGCCUGGUCGGGCCUGGCUCCCGCGGCCCCGGCUUGGCCUGUGUCGGCCGUGCUCUCAGCCCCUCUCGACAGCAAGAUGACCACCAGCGUCCCCGGCCUCCUGUCUCCCCCUUCUCCCCCGGUUCAGACAGAAGACUGGAACUGAGGCCGGGACAAAUCACUCCACGGGCAAGGGUUGGAAUAUUGAGAUGGGCCAGACCUGGGUGGUUCGCCAGCCCCUAGGCUGUCUCUCUCGGACUUAGCAUCAGGGAUUGCUGAUCAAUUCUGUCGUCAGAAGGCGGGAGGACCCGCCCGCGAACAGAACCGGAAGAUGACGGCAGCACGAGAUGCAGUAACGGGGAGAUGUCAGUAGCUUUGCCAGCUCUGUUCUUCCGGGAUAAGUUCAAGUGUUUCUGAACUAACUGGACAGCACAGGAACGUGGAAAGGAACCGGGUGUUGGAGUUGAGUAGGCUUCAAAUUGAAUGUUGGCUGUUCUGUUCACCAGCUGUGUAAUCUUAGAAUGUUUUUAAUGUACAAAUUAUCAAAAAAAAAAAAAAAAAAAUGUGUCCCUGCAGGGUUGUUGUGAGAACUACAGAAAAUACACAGGAGGUGUCAGACGGGGAGUCACGCAUCUGUGGCCCCGCCUGGUGUUAAUCUGGCCUGAAGAAUUUCGUUAGGGAGAAUGGGUCUCCCUGGUCAGAACAGGGAAACCAUUCGGAUUGAUAUUUAUGAAAAGCUUUGAAGAUAGGCUACAGGAGUCCUGAAGAUGAUUGGAAGAUAGGGGCCCUGCGACACCCCAGCUGAGAUUUACGGUGACGACCUACUCCUCUCUACAGAAUUACGUUCUGAUCAAUCCCUAGUGGGUUGCAGAAUGCUCCAAAGAAUAAGCAAGCGUAAUACAGGUAAUUAUCAGGUUGUUUUCCUUUAUUGCUGAGAGCACAAUACUUUCAGAAACUAAUCAAGAGGUAAACAGUGGAAGAAUCUCUUCCUUUCCACUGAUCCCUAGUAAGUUGGUUCCUUCAUUUGAAAUUCAAAAUGGAGUAUCCAUUUGUAACUCAAAAUUAGUUAUAUAGAGAAGGCAUAUUUCUGGUCUCAAUGGGGGCGCGUGGACAGCAUUAAUACAAUUUUAGUUGCCUUAUUCAAAAUGCCAGCUAUUAAUACAAGUUUUGAUAAUUGAAUAACAUGGAUUUGACUUUAAAUCUAGUUUUACAGAACUGUGUUGUUCAACAUCCUGCAUAUAAAUAUACAGCCUAAGAUCUUCAUUGUUAUUUUUAGAACUACAGAGCACAUGUAAAAUACUAGGAAUCAAACUAAACAUAUAUCUAAAGAUAGUAGUUUUAAAGUCUAAAUUCUUGCCAAGUAGCAGAGUUAAGUGUAAGAACCUACUUUUGAAGUUUGUGUUACAUAUUAGCAUUUUAAGAUCAGUAUUUUUGAAGUAGAAAACGAAAGUAGACUUUUAAUGUACCAUAGGUACCACAGAUAAAACUAAAAGGCAGUGCCAUUUACCUCUUCAGCACUGAGGUUACCUAUGGAUUCUAGAAAUAUCACAUUUCCUUACUAUUUUACAAUUAGACCAAAAGACAAAAACUUGAUUUUGUAAAUACGGGUUGAGUGUGUAAAAAGAGGCAGUUUUGUGUACUUUCUAAAGUAAAAAUAACUUUUACCAAAUUAUGGAGAGACAGCUUCAUAAAAAUGGACCUGUAGGGGUGCCUGGGUGGCUCUGGCGGUUAAGCGUCCGACUUCAGCUCAGGUCAUGAUCUUGCGGUUCGUGGGUUCGAGCCCCGCGCCGGGCUCUGUGCUGACAGCUGGGAACCUGAAGCCUGCUCCAGAUUCUGUGUCUCCCUCUCUCUCUCUCUGCCUAUCCCCUGCUUGGUCUCUGUCUCUGUCUCUGUC